ACAUUAGCCAAACAAGUCUGGGACACAGACCAUCCUGACCCGAAGACCUCCUCUGGUGCGCUCACCUAGGCUGCUCGCCGUGCGGGAAACAUGUCCUCUCUGUCCGUGCCGCCACCCGAAUGUCUGCGGAGACCGCUGGCCGUUCCUCAUCGGCACAUGUUUGGACCGGGACCGUCGAAUGUUCCUCCACGCAUCCUGCAGGCCGGAGCCAAUCCAGUCAUCGGUCACAUGCAUCCGGAGACAUUUGAAAUAAUGGCUGACAUCAGGAGCGGGAUCCAGUACAUGUUCCAGACUCAGAACCCCAUGACGUUAGCGGUGAGCGGCACGGGCCACACCGCCAUGGAGUGUGCCAUCUUCAACGCCGUGGAGGCCGGAGAUUGCGUGCUGGCGGCGGUCAACGGCAUUUGGGGAGAGCGGGCGGCGGAUAUGGCCGAGAGGAUAGGUGCCAGGGUAAAUACCAUUGUGGCGCCCCCUGGUGGAUUUUUCACAAAUGCAGAAAUAGAGCAGGCGUUAUCCAAACACAGGCCUGUGCUGUUUUUCCUGGCACACGGAGAGUCAUCCACUGGAGUCCUGCAUCCUUUGGACGGCAUCGGACAGCUGUGUCAAAAGUACGGAUGCUUAUUCCUGGUGGAUUCAGUGGCGUCGAUAGGAGGAGCUCCCGUUUACAUGGACCAGCAAGGGAUCGACAUCCUGUACACGGGUUCUCAGAAGGUUCUGAACGCCCCGCCAGGAACGGCGCCCAUCUCCUUCAGUGAGAGAGCAUGCCAGAAAAUAUUCAACCGCAGAUCAAAGCCUGUGUCGUUCUUCUUGGACCUGAGCUGGCUAGCAAACUACUGGGGGUGCGACGGCAAACCCACCAGAGUGUACCACCACACGGGCCCCGUCUCUGCUUUCUACUCCCUGAGGGAGGGCCUGGCUGUCUUGGUGGAGGAGGGUCUGCAAAGUUCCUGGGAAAGACACAGGAAAGUGGCAGAGUACUUCCAUGCCGGCUUGGAGCGAAUGGGUCUCAAGCUUUUCGUCAAAGACAAGACCACAAGGCUGCCGACUGUUACAACAAUCGUCGCUCCGCACGGAUACGACUGGAAGGAGAUCACAGCCUACGUUAUGAAAACUCACAAUUUAGAAAUUUCCGGGGGUCUCGGACCGUCUGUCGGCAUGGUGCUGCGUGUGGGACUGAUGGGAUGCAACAGCAGCCAGACCAAUGUCGACAUGGUGCUGGCGGCCCUGAAGGAUGCUCUGACACACUGCCACAAGAGCAAAGUGUGACGCUUCUAUCCUCAGCCUGAAUACAGUGAGAGAGAAAAUGCUGUUUAGUCAUUACUGGAAUAAAUCCUGGGCAGCAAAUUCAA